AUGGAUAUUCAAGGAGGUGACACAACAAAUUUUUGGUUUGACACUUGGUCUGAUUUGGGUAGAAUCAUCGACAUUACUGGGCCUUGUGGUAUCAUUGAUAUGGGUAUUCCUGCUACUGCGACGAUUGCUUUGUUGACUCGCCGAAGACAAAGACGACAUCAGAAUGAGGUUCUUAAUGAGAUUGAGAAUGUUCUUCACAACCAGUUAAUAACACUCAAGCCAGGUGCGAGUGAUAUUGCAAUGUGGAAGAGCAAAACUGGUUCGUUCAAAUCAGGCUUUAGCUCGAAGGACACUUGGUUGCUUAUUCGACAGGAAGCAGGUAGAAUCUCCUGGUCUUCAGGCGUCUGGUUCAAGCACUCUACGCCAAUGUUUUCAGUAUUUUCAUGGCUAGCAAUCUAUGAUCGGCUCUCGACAGGUGAUCAAAUGCAACAGUGGAACGUUGGGGCGAACGCGUCGUGUGUGCUCUGCAACUCUCCACUCGAAUCGCGAACUCACCUGUUUUUUGCUUGCUCUUAUUCUGCCAAAGUUUGGUCUGCUUUAAUAAAGGAACUGCUCAAGAGUAGCUUCUCAGUUGUUUGGCAAGACCUGGUUCACCUCAUCUCUGCAAAUCAGCCUGAUCGUAAUGCUCUGUUCCUGCUGCGCUACUCCUUUCAAGCUGCAAUUCAUUGUAUAUGGAGAGAGCGUAAUAAUCGACGCCAUGGAGAAGCUCCCCGAACAGCUCGCUCUUUGAUACAUCUCAUUGACAAACUCAUUCGCUGCCGGAUCCAAUCUAUUAGGGACUUGGGUGAUCGGAGGUUUGAAGAUGCUCUGCAACUUUGGUUUGCGACAAGAUAA